CACGAGCCAAAUGACUUCAUCGUGACUCGACUAGCAGUAUCAGCGAAAUUUAGGAUGGACUUUAGAUACCAAUUUAACUACUGUGAUCAAGCAAAAUCUCCAAAAUAUCGGUGUACAGAGGAAUAAUCACUGUUUGUAUUUGCUUAAGAGAUUAAGACUACUUUUUUACUGUACGGUAUCGUCGAAUAUUCAACCGACCUGACCGGUGUAGGCUAGGCCCAAUGAGUACCACAACAGAUACAAUAACGAAAGUAGAUCUUGAUGGAUACGUAGAUGGUUCGACACUCGUGUCUGUUCUAGAAAAUGGGUCUACCCAACGUGUAUUAAAUUUAGCCCCUUCAGACCCUCCACCCGACGUUAUAUUUGCACCCCAAACCCAACGAUUAGAACAGUCUAGGUUAAACUCACCAACAAUGUCUUCAUCUACAACAGAAAGGCAACCCCUUUUACGGAGUAGCCUUAGCGAUCAUGAAACUGAACAUCCUAAUUUUUUUAACUCGUUUGAGGAUGAUCUCGAAUUUACUAAAAUUGUACAUGCAGCUGAACGGGCUAUUUCAUUAGAGGUUUAUCCAGAAAGAAUAUAUCAGGGUUCCAGUGGAAGCUAUUUUGUAAGGAAUUGUGAAGUUAAUCAACCAGGUGAAAUUAUAGCAGUUUUUAAACCAAAAAGUGAAGAACCAUAUGGUCAACUGAACCCCAAGUGGUCAAAGUGGCUGCAGAAGAUGUGCUGUCCAUGCUGCUUUGGACGUGGCUGUCUGGUGCUUAAUCAGGGUUAUCUAUCAGAAGCGGGAGCCUACCUCGUGGACCGUAAAUUAUCAUUAGAUAUUGUACCUAAAACAAGAGUAGUGAAGUUAGCAAGUGAGACGUUUAACUAUUCGGCUAUCGACAGAGCAAAAUCAAAAACAAAGAAAUUUACCUACGAUAAGUUUCAGACUAUAGGAAAACGGUUCAACCGAUUAGGUUUACCGCCAAAGACAGGGUCAUUUCAGUUGUUUGUAAGCGGGUAUAAAGAUGCUGAUUACUGGUUGAGGAGGUUUGACUCGGAGUCCCUACCGGAAUCUACAGCCAAAAUGUUCCAAUUGCAGUUUGAAAAACUUGUUUGCCUUGACUAUAUAAUUAGGAAUACAGAUCGUGGAAACGAUAACUGGUUGAUCAAGUAUGAGAAAUCAGAGGUGGAUGAUACGACAGAUGCCGAUGAUUCCGACUGGAGCAUUGUGAAGCCACCGGAUAUCAAAAUUGCUGCAAUCGAUAAUGGCUUAGCAUUCCCAUUCAAGCAUCCAGAUGAGUGGAGAACUUAUCCGUACCAUUGGGCCUGGUUGCAGCAAGCUAAGAAGCCAUUCUCAGAUGAAACUCGAAAUCAUAUACUUCCCCUGCUCUCAGAUAUGAAUUUUGUGGAGGAACUCGUCAACGAAUUGUUUGAGUUGUUUCGAGAAGAUAAGGGAUUUGACAGGGCGCUCUUUGAAAAGCAGAUGUCAGUACUACGAGGCCAGAUACUCAAUCUCAGCCAAGCUCUCCGAGAACGCAAAGCUCCAGUUAACCUCGUCCAGAUGCCGCUGGUACUUGUAGAGAAGAGCAAGAAGAGCGACGGUCCCGGACGUGUACGCCAUCUAAGCGACAGCUUCACACAAAGUUUCCAGAGAAAGGCGGCAUUCUUCAAAUGCUGUUGAACAUAAAUCAUUAUCGUAACAACAAGCUGUUGCAACAUUUAAAGUGGCCAUUAUUCUUCACUUACCAACGGUUAUUACAAAGGUAUGUUCACAUCUUGGUAUGUGCCAUACCUGCUGUUUUACGUGAAGAAUGUUCACAAACAAAUCUGUUGUUAAAAUUUAUACAAAUAUGGCUGCCAUCAAAGAUGUUUGGAUGCUGGGUUGUGUUCACAACUGGAUAGUUAAAAUAAGUGUCCUAAUGUAUAUUUACAUGGUGAUAUCUGCCUUGCUGAUGUUAAAGGUGUGUUCACACUGAGACUAGUUACAUUGACAGUUGUAUUCUAAGAUGCAUUUACACUGAGGAAGCUAAUUUGAUCACUGAUGCUGAUGGUAAGUGUGUGUUUUCAAUGAUGCUGGUUAUCCAGUCUCUUAUUAAGAUUUGUUCACACUGCUAACUUGUUUUGCUGUGUUCACACUAGUACCUGUUUGCAGAAACGGAAAUGCACAAAUCAAGUUCACAUGAUGAAGGGAAGAUGUACCUUCCGUAAUUCUAAUGUGCAGUGAGAAUUUUGAUAAGCAUGAUGAUGUAAAAAAAAUGUAUGGAAUCUUGAAAAAUUAUUGAAAGGAAAACAAUUUUACUAGUUCUUGCUUUAUGCCUGUUGUCGGCUUGUAGUAUGAAAUUUGCUUGAAGGCCUUGCAACUAUAUCGUCUUGUAUAGAAUGUAAAUGGAAGGAAAAGCCAAAACUGAAUAAUGACUUGUAUCUAGGUACACAGUGUAUGCAAUGAUUGUACUAUCCACACUAUCAAGUACUUGUGUGAAGUGCCCAUAUAUGGGUAUGACAUCAUCAUUCCUAAAUAUGGAUAUGAUAUGACAUCAUCAUGGUCAUGUGGAAAAUUCACAAAUCUUAGUCACACAAGAUUUAACAGUGCUGAUAGAUGCUUAAGGGUGGUGAUUUUCUGUUUUUAUAUUAUAGUGAUUUCAAUAGUCAAAGCUUCAUAUUUUUACAAUACUUCUUUCAUCAAAUAGAUGUGCACCAAUUUUUAAUUCUAUGCAGCUCUGGGUUCAGCCCAGACCAUGUAGUGAUAAUUUCAACAUUACACACAACAGAUAAUUAAGUGCUUUACUCGAUCUGUCCCAUUUCAAUCAAUCAACCAAUCUAACCCAACUCAAUCAUACAUUAACAUCUCCAACACUAAAUAAGUUAAAUUAUUUGCAACUCAGAUAAAUUUACCAAUAUUCAUGUAGCGCAUAAUUUUAACAAUUACCAACAAAAAUGUACAUCGAAAAAUAUUAGUAGUAUCAAUAAAAAUAAUUAUCAACAAUAAAAAUGUUUAAUAUAAAAAUGUGUAAAAAUAGAAAACAAUAACAUCUUUACUUAUUUUGCCCUCAAGUAAAACAGCACCCUCAAGUAAAACAGGGCCCUCAAGUAAAAUAGCACCCUCUAUAUGAUUUUUGCCAAUAAUAUUGUUGCUAUGUUUUGUCAAGGUGUUAUUUGUAACCAAGUUGACCAGUUAUCUUUAAUUUUACACAUGGCUUGAGACAUUUAUCUUUUUGUAUUUGGUUGAUUAAUUUGUCCAAUCAUGGUACAAAUUUGUUUUAACAGACUAUAUUUGGAACAUACAAUAUAAGGAUUUUUGUUCAAUCAGACUGCUAAAUUGUUCAUGUUAACUUAUUCAGGUCUUCUUCACCAACAAUGCUUGGUUUUUGUAUAUAAAAUUUUCAUAGCUAUGUAUUUUUUUUAGUGAGGAACAUGAAAUAAGUAUAAUGUAAUAUUUUGAAAUGAAUACUCCUUGAUCUAAUAUGAGGAGUAAAAAUCCUUGAACAUUCGCCAGUUGUUAACUUACUACAAGACCAAAAGGAGACCGGUUUCAUGUCUGUCUAAAGGCCUCUUUACAUUUGCAACAAUAACAAUAACGAUAAAAAGCAAUUGUUAGUAUAGAAAAUAAGAGAAGUUAUACAUGAUGAAUACUUCUUUUGAAAUAAAAAAAAUGAAAAAGAAACAUGUUUUUUUUUGUUUGCCUACUUAGUGACUUUUAUAAUACACAUUGCUGAUUUUGAUAUAAUAGGCAAAAACUUGUCUUUCAUGCUAUGUGCUCUAAACUAAUGCAAAGCUCCUUGUUUGCUUGGAUUAAGUAUUUAAAUUAAUGGAUUUAUUUGUAUUAGCUAAGAGCUGGGUUUAUAGAAAGACAUUAUAUGUACAAAGGUGAGUCCAAUGUGAAAGGCCUUUCAUGAUCAGUGCAAUAAUUACAAGUUUAUGUUUUAGAGCAAAUUAAGAAAAAAUAUUUCUAUGUAAAAUAUUGUACAUUUGGGUUAACAAUUUAGAUACUGAAAUUAAUGCGAAUGUCUACAGUAUAUUUGGAUUUCUAUUUGUAUUUAAUCAGUUAAUAGUUGUUUAAUAUGCACUGCAUAUAUUUUAAUUCAGUCUGUACAGGUACAAUAGAGAUUACUUUUCAGGUGUUAUUGUUUAAUUUUAUUAUAAUUUUGCAUAGGUUAGUACCUUAAUUCCUUUCACAAGUUAAUAAUUUAUAAUUUCCUGCAUACAAUUUUUGUUAUAAUUUAUGACUGCUAAGAUAAUGUAAGACAGGCCAAUUAUUUAAUCCUUCCACAAUGGUGUGUCCAUUUAUUAUAUAAUAAUAAUAAUAAUAAUUUUGGCUUUAAUAAGUCUCCAUGGAUCCUCUGGAAUGUUUUAGUGUCUGAAAACAUUUGUUUAUGAUACAUGUAUGUCCUCUAGUACAGUAUUGUAGUUAUGACAAUGAAUAUGAGACACAUUCAAAAUUUAUUGUUUUUGAGCCUUUUUUCUGUUGUGCAUGUUUUUCAAACACUUUGAUGGCCAUGUUCAAUAGAGGGCGUCCUAUACUAUGGUAUCUCUUACCCGAAACAGGUUUCUGUGAUACCGUAUUUUAUUAUUGUUAUAUUUUGCAAAACUAUAGUUAUGUUUAUAGCUCAAAUAAAAGAACAUUGAAUUAUGCAAUUGUUA